AGUGAACGUACUGUAGGUAUUCCACUGAUUACAAUCAUAAAUGCAUGUAAACCCCUCUCAUUCUCGCGUAAUCUCCUCCUCCAGCGUCAGCCUAUUCCCAUUCUACAAUUUUUGUUAUCACUUGGCCAGGCGUCAUUACUACUAGUUCAGUAUCGUCGCUAUGGAAGUUGAUGGCCAUAUAUGGUUAGUUAGACUAGGGGAAGGCCGCAGCAUAGUCGAAACUGUUUUCUUAUACAGUCAAAGCGGGAACCUUGAGAAUGCUGCGAUACACGCAACACGGCAUGGUGAACAUUACGCUCUCUUUCAAUGUGACGACGACCCGGCUUUCCUUGCAAUAAUAGGAUUUCGCGCAGGAAACAGAGACGAAGCUGCCGCUAAAUCCAUGGAGAGACGACUGUCGCUUAUACAGGAGUUCGUCAACCACCAAGAACUCUUCCUCCUCAAUGUUGAAGUGUCUCAAGUUGCCCUGGCCUCUGAUAAGUGCGCUAUUCUGUUCUCAGAGUCUCAACCAAUUGACGUGGACUCUCUUCCUGGCAAAGGGAGUUGGGCUGCGUCGAUACCUCUAUCGUCGCUCCUGGUCAAGGGUCAAAACGGGGCUGCAAGCGAGACGUCAGAGAGGACGUGGAUCCAGGCGGCGGUAUCGGAUGAUGCUGACAGGUUGAGCCAAGCGGGUUCCAUCAAGCGUUUCACCAAAUUCAUGGAAAAUCGAGUCGCCUCACAAAGCGCGGAGUAAAGGAGAGAGAAAGGUUUACCAACGCUCAUCCAUCAUGGCAUUCGUGGGAUUCGCAUUUGGUACCUUGUUACCAUUGGAUCGCAGUUCUGGGCUAAGGGAAAAUGCAAUCUAGUCAAUGUUGGUUUACCCGAGCAAGAUUAGAAGCUCGCUUACCCUGCUAUGCUCAGAGUAGGGAGACGGAAAUGAACAUAUCAUGUACUGGAUUCGAGAGGUGCCUAGCCCGGGGCCCACUGGCUAGAGAGGUGCAUACUGAAUGGACGUUAGCCCUUGCGUCGUGCGCUGGGUUCAUGAUAGUUAUCCUCGAAAUUUCCUCUCGCCCGAGGAAUAGCAAGGGAGUUGAAGAGGAACAUGAGCUGUAAGGUGCUAUUAUGGCUGAUGGGACGUCGAAUUGCCAGAGAAUCCCAGGGGAAAUAAGCCGAGACCUCGAGAUAACAGGAGGUUAUUGUCUUGAAGGAAUGACACCGUCUAUCAAAGCUUGAAAGGAAAACAAAUAAAACAAAUAUAUUCUACUUAAAGGAUA